AUGAGUUCCGCCCCCAGCGAGCCUGGUGAUGGGCACCCGGCUGAGAGGCCCCAGCUGGGGCUGGACACCGUGAUCCAGAGGCUGGAGGACACGGUGCUGGGCCCCUCGGCCAGCAGAGAGGACCGGGCGCUGACCGUGCGAGGGGCGGGGUGGCAGGCCUCACCCACUCCUGUGCCCGCCCGCAUCCGCGAGAUCGUGGCCAGCAGCCUGCAGGAAGAGCCCCCCCGAGGGAAGCAGGAGCCAGCAGCCACCUUGGCCAGCGCGGCCCGGGAGGAGAACGAGCUGCUGCAGGAGGCGCUGGCCCGCCUGGAGGACCUGUUGGCCCAGGCGGGCACCGAGCGGGAUGAGCUGACCAGCAGGUACCACGCAACCAGCGAUCGGCUGCAGGCCCAGCUGCAGACGGCCGAGGCGCGGCUGCGGCGGUCGGAGCUGGAGCACAGCAUGGACCUGGAGGAGGUGCUGGGCCGGCUGGAGGCCGCCGAGCAGAGGAGCGCCGGGCUCUCCCAGGUGAACACGCUGCUGCGGGAGCAGCUGGAGCACAUGAGGACGGCCAACGACGCGCUGGCCCGGGAGCUGGGCGCCACCACGGCCAGCGUGCUGCAGCUGCGGGCCGCGCUGGGCGGCCGGGCGGAGCGAGAGGUGCCCACCCAGCGUCUGUGUCCGGGGGGUCGCGUGGCCCGGCCCCAGGACGUGCCCCUCCUCUGGAGGCAGGUGGCCGCACUCCGUGCACACCUGGCUGAGCUGCGGGCGGCCACUGACAGGGGCCUCGCGGACAUGCGGGCGGACGCGGCCCGCACGGCCCGGCGCCUGCGCUCGGCCUGCCUGCGCCUGGACCGGAACCUGCGGCUGACCGCCGGCCGGGACGCCGAGAGGGCGGCGCUGCAGGCCAGGCUGUCGGAGCAGACGCUGCGGGGGGCGGCGCUCGCGGCCGAGGCCAAGGAGAAGGCGCGCGCCGUCGCCUCCCUCCGGACCGGGCUGCAGCGGCUGGUGGCCUGGGCAGACGCUGGGUGCCUGGAGCCGGUGUGGGGCGGCAGCGCUGAGGGCCAGGAGGCGCAGGGCCCCGCCUCCCAGGGCGAGAUCUGGCCGCAGCCCUGCUGCCUGGACACCCCGGACCCUGCGCUGAGAGCCGUGCAGGCCGCCCUGGCACGGCGGCGUCGAAGGGAGCAGGAGCUGGGCCUGCAGCUGGAGGCCUCCCAGGCGGAGGUGGCUGGGCUCCGGGAACAGCUGGCCCAGAGCCAGCAGGAGCUGCAGGCUGCGCAGCGGCACCUGCAAGAGGGAGCACAGGAGCAGGAGGACCUGCUGGACCAGCUGGAGGCUCAAGGCCAGGAGGCCCAGCGAUGCAGGGCGGCCAGCGAGCUUUCGGGAAGGGAGCGGCGGGCCCUGGAGCUGGCACUGGGGGAGCUGCGGGGGAAGGCGGAGGCCGCAGACGCAGAGACCCGGCGGCUGGAGGCCGAGAAGGCAGCGCUGGAGGGGAGCCUGAGCCGGGCAGCCACCCAGAGGCAGGAGCUGGAGCAGCGGGGUGCGCAGGGCCGCCGGGAGCUGAAGGCUAGCCAGGGGCGCCUGGUGCAGCUGGAGGAGAAGGUGUCGGGGCUCAAGGAGGAGCUGGUGGCCGCCCGGGAGGCGCUGAGUGCUGCGCGGCUGCAGGGGGACGUGCUGGAGAGCGAGAGGGACAGUCUUCAGAGCGCCCUGGCCCGGGCUGAGUCCAGCAAGGCCGACCUGGAGCUGCUGGUGACCAGGCUGAAGGCGGAGGGGGCGGGGCAGCGGGACUCCCUGGCCAAGAUGGCGGCGCUGAUGGAGGGGCUGGCGCAGGACAAGGGCGCCCUGGACCAACUGGUCCUGGAGCUGGAGCAGGAGCGGGCCGAGCUGCAGGAGCAGCGGAAGGUGCUGGAGCAGGAGCGGGCGGGCGCCCGGGAGCGGCUGGCCCUGGCGGAGCAGCGGCUGGAGCUGGCGCAGGAGGAGCGCGCCGGCCUGCAGCGGGCCUGUGGGCGCCUGGAAGAGCAGCUGGAGCGGCUGGAGGGGCAGGCGGCCCGGCUGCGAGGGGACAGGACGCAGCUGCAGGAGCAGGUGCACCAGGUCACCUGCAAGAACCAGGCGCUGGAGGAGCAGCUGGCACAGAGCCUGCGGGACCAGGAGGCCCAGGGGGCCGCCCUGCACAGCGCCCUGCAGGAGAGGGAGGCCUGGUCGGAGGAGCGGGCACAGCUGCUGGCCUGGCAGGAGACCCUGGAGCAGCAGGGCCAGCUCUCAGCCCAAGAGGCGGUGGAGCUCAGGGCCGAGAGGGAGUCUCUGGAAAGCAGCCUCUUUGAGGCCCAGCAGCUGGUCACACAGCUGCAGGCGCAGCGGGAGCAGCUGGCAGGGGAGGCCGAGAGCGCCCAGCUUGCCCGGCAGGCCCUGCAAGCGGAGCUGGCCCAGCUGAGGAGCACCUGGGAGGCCCAGGAGCCGGCGCUGCGGCGGGACGUGAGGCGGCUGCAGCGGCAGGUGACACAGCUGGAGCGGGACCGGCAGCUGGCCCUGGAUAGCCAGGCGCUGGCCCACCACGAGGCCCUGGCCCACCUGCAGAGCGAGAAGGAUGCCCUGAGCCUGUCCCUGGCAGAAGAGAAGGAAGCGGCGGCACGCCGGCUGGCGCGGGACAAAGAGCUGGUGGCGGAGAGCGCGGCCGUGAGUGGGGCCCUGCGGGAGGAGAUCUGGGGCCUGAGGCAGGAGCGGGACCAGGAUGGACCCGCCCAGGGCUCGGGCGUGGGGUCCUGCCUGAGCGCGGCCGUGCCGCAGCCGCAGGAGCCGAGUGGACAGGGGCUGCCCACAACCGGCCACCAUGCCCCUGAAGCCGCCCCUGACAGCGGUGACCACCCCCAGGCUGCUGUCAGUGCCCUGAGCGCAGAGCUGAGGGCCCUGCAGGCCCAGUUUGAGGACGCCAUCGCGGCCCACGAGAGAGAGACCGCGGCCCUGCGGGGAGAGCUCCAGGCCGCAGGCGCUGAGCGGAGCACCCUGGGGAGAGAGGCCACGACACUGCGGGCCCAGCUGGACGAGGCCCAGGAGGGUCUGGCCACGCUGCGCCAGGAGCUCCAGAGCCGCACGGAGAGCUGUGAGGGGCUGCGCAGGGAGGCCCUGGAGGCCCGCCGAGCGCUGGCCGACGAGGCCCGGGAGAAGGGCGUGCUGCAGAGGUCGAACACGGAGCUGCGGGCUGCCCUGCGCAGGGCCGAGCAGGACAAGGCCAGUUUCAGGCGCUCCAAGGAGGAGAAGGCACAGAAGGCCCUGGUGCUGGAGGAGGCCUUUGCCAUGGCCCAGAUGGAGGCCAGCGAGCUGCGGGCCGGCCUGCGGGAGGCGGAGCAGGCCCGGGGGGCCGCCCACCGCGAGCUGCAGGAGCUGCAGAGGCAGGUGCAGGCCCAGGAGGCCGAGAACCAGAGGGUGCGCCGAGAGAUGCUGCGGGAGGCGGCCGAGGCAGGGGUGGCCCACGAGGCCGCCCAGAAGGAGGUGCUGAGGCUGCAGCAGGAACUGGCUGAGGCUGCGGCUCGAGAGCAGCAGCUGGAGGAGCGUGUCCGCGAGAGCCAGGGCGCCGAGGGCAGCCUGCGGGCCGAGCUGCAUGGCGUCACUGGGCGGCUGCAGCAGGCCAGCGAUGCGGCUGCCCGCCUGCAGGCCCGCCUGGAUGGGGCCGGCCUCCGGGCGCGCGGCCUGGAGCAAGAACUGGCCCAGGCCCAGGGUGCCCGGCGCCAUGCGGAGACCCAGCUGGGCCGGCUGUGGUCCACGCUGCGCUGCGGCCUGGGGCUGAGGGGACAGAGCCCCUCGGCAUCCCCAGAGCGGCCCGGCUCCCCUACCCAAGGUCAGUGUGCUCAGGGGAGGGGGCGGCCCGUGGCCCCUCAGCCAUCACCAUCCGCAGGCCUGGAGGGCUCCCCCGGUCACGCCAUGCAGCGGAGCGCCAGCCCCCACAAACGGUCCCGCUCGCCGCCCCGAGGACGUGUGCUGGCCGCUGCAGACCUGGGCCCCGAGGUGGACGUGGCCGCAGUGCAGGACGCCCUGAGGGAUGUGGUGCAGGAGCUGCGGGACGCCCGGCAGGAGCGGGAUGACAGGCGCGUCCAGGAGGCCGCCCUGCGCAGCCGGCUGAGCCUGGCAGAGAGCGAGCGUGCGCGUGCCCAGAGCCGCCAGGCGCAGCUGGAGCGGGCGCUGGAGGCGGCCCAGGAAGCGCGGCGCCAGGCGGAGGACGGGACGCGCCGCGCCGAGGCCGCCCAGGCCCUGCGGGAGGAGGCACUGCGGAGGCUGGACCGGGAGCGCCUGGCCAGCGCGCGGGCGGCCGCCCAGGACAGGAGGAAGCUCCAGCCCUGCGACCUCCUGGGCCCCCCGCGAGGGUGGGGACAGGCACUGCGGGGCCGGGAGAGCCGCAGGCGGGAGGGACGGGGCACUCCCCGCACCGUGGCGGCCAGCACCAGGUUCCUGUCCCGGAGAGGGCCCGGGUGCGGGCGCCUGGCCGCCGCCUGUCCAACGGAGCGCGGCACAGGGCAGAGAUGGCCGGUGCAGCGGCGGGAGGGGCCGAUGGGGGCUCGGGGCUGGGAGAGGCGGUCCCCGAGCGGCCAGCAGCGUGGCACCGUCUCCCCCCAGGCCCAGAUGGCCGAGCUGGUGCAGGCCCACACCCAGCAGCUCCGAGAGCUGGCCGCCCAGCACCAGCAGGACCUGGCCGCGGAGGCAGAGAGGCUGCGGGAGCCCCGAGAGCAGGCCCACAGCAGGCGGGCGGACGCACCUGAGGAGCAGGACGCAGCGAAGUGUGGCACCCUGGGCUUCACCUGUGUCGCACACGUGUGCACUGCUCACACAGACAAGGGUGGCCAGGCCGGAGGAGCAAAAGGACCCAGCAGCGCCGCGGCGGCAGCGAGCCCCCGGGGCCGGGCCUUCCGGGCCCAGCCAUGA